GCGACAAUUUAAAUACUUGUUGAGCUAAUCGAAUUCAAUGCGUUCUGCGAGGUGCGAUCGGAAACACGUUUCAAAACACGUUGGUGCCGUGCCCACAACGAUACUUUCGACAUGGCAACUGUUUUCCUGGGAACCAUUGUGCACACCAAGUCCUUCAGCGAGUUCGAGUCCUUCGAGAGCGGAUUCCUGGCAGUGGACGACAAGGGAAAGAUAAUAGGAGUGGGUCAUGACUACCAGGCGUGGCUGACGAGCAACUCGCUGCAGGCCAAGAAUCUGGCCGAGAUUCGGCUGUCGGAGCACCAGUUCCUCAUGCCGGGCUUCGUCGAUUGCCACAUCCACGCACCGCAGUUUGCGCAAGUGGGCUUGGGACUGGACAUGCCACUCCUCGACUGGCUGAACACUUACACCUUCCCGCUGGAGGCCAAGUUCUCCGACCAGCAGUUCGCCCAAGAGGUCUACCACAGCGUUGUCGAAGCAACGUUGCGCUGUGGCACCACCCUGGCAUCCUAUUUCGCCACCAACCACCUGGAAUCGACGCUGAUCCUGGCACGGGAGGCGGUGCGCCAAGGCCAGCGGGCGCUUUUGGGCAAGGUCUGCUCCGACUGCAACAGUCCCGCCUUCUACGUGGAGACAACGGAGGAGUCGGCCAGCGCCACCCUGGCGUUCGUGGAGGAGAUGGGCAAGUUGGGCAGUCCGCUGGUGCUGCCCACGAUCACGCCCCGUUUCGCCCUCAGCUGCAGCAAGGCUCUGCUAAAGGACCUGGGCAACAUAGCCAAACGAUUCGACCUGCAUGUUCAGAGCCACAUAAGCGAAAAUCUGGCCGAGAUCGAGGUGGUCAAGGGGAUCUUCGGGACCAGUUACGCCGCAGCUUACGACGAGGCUGGAUUGCUCACCAAUAAGACGGUAAUGGCGCACGGUGUGCACCUGGAGGACGACGAGAUCGCACUGCUAAGGAAGCGCGGCUGCUCGGUGGCCCAUUGUCCCGCAUCCAACACGAUGCUCAGCUCGGGCCUGUGCGACGUCCAGCGGCUGGUUGGAGCCGGCGUGACCGUGGGCCUGGGCACAGACGUUUCGGGCGGCAACUCGGUGUCCAUCCAGGACGCCAUGCUGCGCGCGUUGGAUGUGUCCAAGCACCUGGACUUCUUCAAGAAGCAGAACAUUCGCGGAACGGGAGAGGCGAAGACCCAGGACCCCGGCUACGUGCAGCUGAAGUACAAGCAGGCCCUGUACAUGGCCACUUUGGGCGGCGCCAAGGCGCUCGCGAUGGACCACCUGACCGGAAACUUUGUCCUGGGCAAAGAGUUCGAUGCGCUGCUAGUGGAUGUUAGCAUUGUGACACAUCCCCUUCGCAGGCUGAACGUCGACGAGCUGGUGGAGAAGUUCAUUUACACCGGUUGUGAUCGCAACAUUGUCGAGGUCUUCGUGGCCGGCAAGCGGGUUAAAAAGGGAAGCCAACCAGAAUAAGGGCAUUUACUACACAUUUAACAGUGGCAUUUCACAAGGAAACGUAUAUAGAGAAUUUAUUAUUUUUUUUUUUAUAGCGACAAACGUUAAAUGCUGAACCGGAAUUUUGCGUUUAAAUAUAACCUCCAAUAUACUCUGUUAUGUACACUAGGGCUGCUAGAAGGUAAAACUAACUUUGUCCUACUCGCUUUUAUACUUUAUACUCUCGGAACAGUUAUGUACAUAAACUAUGAAGUUCAA